GUCGGCUCACAUGUACGGAUACAAGGCUUAUUAUCAGGAAUAGCAGGAAGUUGAAGUAGAGAGGGGAAAGGGGGUCAGUAACCUUGCAACUAGGGGAAGGAAGUACGAAGAUAAAUCCAUCUUCGAAGUUCAUGCAGCAUCUUCUAAUUCCCCUCUCCUCUUCAUUUUUGUUUAGACAGCCGCAGUUCGGAUGAAUUGGUAGCAUCUUGCCGCUCCGUGUUUUGUGGUGAUAAACAACAACAAUGGAUAUUGUGCAAACUACUCUACUUUUUGCAGUCAUGCUAACUUGGGUGCUACCAAUGAGUCGCGGCUGUGAACCAGGACAGGUCCGGGAGGGCUGCCGUAUUGAUAACGGAGAGUGCUUCUGUGCUUCAGGAUGCUACUCGGAGUACCGAUAUUCCAAUAGAGAAGAAUGUAGGAAAGCCUUGAAAGGGAAGAAGUUAGAUUCUUGUUCGAGGACACCCUGCUUGCACCAAGGCACUUGCAGUCAAACCAUGAAAGAACCAGGCUACAAGUGUAGGUGCGAAGGAACUGGCUACUAUGGACAGCGAUGCGAAUACCGAUGCCCUAGUUUAUUUUCACAGUCCCGUUCACAGAAUUACUAUCCGUACGAGUGUGUCUUGAUAUAACAACAUCAAAAUUAUCAACUAUGCAAGACCUGCCGAAUUGCAAUUUCAAGAUUUCCAGCAUGAAAAGAUGGCUGAAAGUGAAUGUUAUCUAAUUCAGAAGCCCUAUAAUGUUAGCCCUCCUUAAUUACUGAACGUAAAUUAGUUGGUGGAGGUUGAUGUUCACUUUAGGAAUAGAGAAAAAAAGGGCAACCAAGUUCCUCUUUACCUUAAUCAUAAACUUGGCGUUUGAAGUUCAUAACACUCAGGUUUAUUCAUCAAGAAAGAAAGAAAGAACAAAACAAAAAAAUAAUAUAAUAAAAUAAAUGCUGAAGAAUAUAUGGACCUUUAAUGGUAGUUAAUCUGUUAAUGUCCUGUCUUCCAGAAAUUAUAUGAUGAUUAUUUCACAUCAUACUUUUCACAGAAUUCAUUGUCUUUCCCAGAGGAUGUUGUAUACAUCUGUUUAAAAUAACUUUAAAGUGAAAAGCAGGACUCUUGUAAGUUGUCAUCAAUGAGGGUAAUUCUCUUGAAUUGCAUAUGUCUUGUUUCUUUAGGUAUAUUUUAAUGUUAACAGAUGAAUUUAUGCGUAUGUCGCAUAUUAUUCUUGUAAAUUUAUUUUGUUUACUACAUUUAGAAUGCCUACGUAUAAGAAUUCAAACCUCUCUCUCUUUAUAUUGGAGAGGAAAACUAUUGAUUAUGAAGGUGCUAACAUGUCGAAGACUUUUGGUUAAAGGUCUUUUUUGACUUUUUCUAAGAGACUUGGAAUACCAUUAUUUCUUUUUUUAAAAUAUUUUUUAAAGUAAAAAAAGUACUUUAAUUACUUUAAGUGUUCUUAUUUUUUUUAUUUUUUAUAAUAUUAUGAACUAGUUUCAUUAAGAAAACUAUUCAUUAAAGAUUACUGUACUUAGAAAAA